CCUGAGCUGAGGACAGUACAGCCAGGAGCAGCUCAGGAGGCCAGGGCUGGGUGUCCAGUCCUCAGCACCGACCUCCUUCCGACCCACCGUAGGACGGGCACCGCGCCGGGGUGAGGGGCUGCUCCACGUCCGCUGACGAUGUGGCUGAACCCGGAGGAGGUGCUGCUGCUGGCCAACGCGCUAUGGGUGACCGAGCGAGCCAACCCGUUCUUUAUUCUGCAGAGGCGCCGGGGACACGGCAAAGGAGGAGGCCUGACAGGCUUGCUUGUGGGGACUCUAGAUGUUGUAUUGGACUCAAGCGCCCGCGUUGCUCCUUAUCGGAUAUUGCACCAGACCCAAGAAUCACAGAUCUACUGGACAGUGGCUUGUGGAACCUCACGAAAAGAGAUCACUGCACACUGGGAGUGGCUGGAGAACAAUCUGCUGCAGACUCUCUCAAUCUUUGAAAAUGAGGAUGACAUCACAACCUUUGUCAAAGGCAAAAUCCAUGGUAUUAUUGCUGAGGAGAACAAAAGCCUGCUUCCAAAGGAUGAAGAAGACCCUGGGAAGUUCAAGGAAGCCGAGCUGAAAAUGAGGAAGCAGUUUGGGAUGCCUGAGGUGGAGAAGCUGGUGAAUUAUUACUCCUGCAGCUACUGGAAGGGACGGGUCCCCAGACAAGGAUGGCUCUACCUGACUGUCAACCAUGUCUGCUUCUAUUCAUUUUUGUUGGGGAAAGAAGUGACUUUGAUUAUCCAAUGGCUUGAUGUGACUCAGCUUGAGAAGAAUGCAACGCUGCUUUUCCCAGAAUGUAUCAAGGUCAGCACACGGGACAACGAAUACUUUUUCUCCAUGUUUCUUAACAUCAGUGAGACUUUUAAGCUCAUGGAACAGCUCGCCAACAUUGCUAUGAGACAGCUUCUGGACAAUGAGGGUUUCCUGGAGGAUCGGAACUUGCCCAAACCUACACGUCCUCUCAAAAACAUUUCUGCUCUGAAGAGAGACCUGGAUGCUAGGGCAAAGAAUGAACAGUAUCGUGCCACGUUCCGACUUCCCAGAGACGAGAGGCUGGAUGGACACACAGACUGUACAUUGUGGACACCAUUUGCCAAGAUGCAUAUCCCUGGUCAAAUGUUUGUUUCUAAUAACUACAUCUGCUUUGCCAGCAAGGAAGAAGAGGCUUGUCACCUAAUUAUACCCCUCCGGGAGGUAACCAUCGUGGAGAAGGCUGAUAGUUCCAGCGUGCUUCCUAGACCAUUGUCCAUCAGUACUAAAGGGAAAAUGACUUUUCUGUUCGCCAAUCUUAAAGACAGGAACUUUCUGGUUCAACGCAUCUCAGACUUCCUGCAGAAGACAUCACUACAGAGCGCCAGAGGAGACAACGGAGGGGAACAACGGGCUGCCAUGCGGAAAGGAAGCAGUGGCAAUGGCACAUAUGAGGCACCAAGGCUUGAUCCCAGUAGCCCAACUUAUGACGGACCCAGUGUUCCUCAGAAGACUAAUAAUACAGGGGCUCCCACUACCUCUCAUGGGCUCCUGAAACUCUUCCAGAGAGAAUCCAUUGAAGAACUAGGUCCUAAAUGGGCCAAGGAGAAAAUGAAGGAAGAGUCUUGGAACAUUCACUUCUUUGAGUAUGGUCGUGGGAUGUGCAUGUAUCGAACAUCAAAGACCCGUGAGCUGGUGCUAAAAGGCAUUCCAGAGAACUUGCGAGGAGAGCUCUGGCUCUUGUUCUCAGGGGCCUUAAAUGAAAUGGCAACACACCCUGGUUAUUAUGCUGACCUGGUAGAGAAAUCCACAGGAAAAUGUAACCUUGCCACAGACGAGAUAGAGCGUGAUCUCCAUCGCUCUAUGCCUGAACACCCUGCGUUCCAGAAUGAACUAGGAAUAGCUGCAUUACGCCGCGUGCUGACAGCAUAUGCUUUCCGCAACCCUAACAUUGGGUACUGCCAGGCGAUGAAUAUAGUGACCUCCGUUCUGCUUCUUUACUGUAAUGAGGAAGAGGCAUUUUGGCUGCUGGUGUCUUUGUGUGAACGGAUGCUUCCAGAUUAUUACAACACUCGGGUUGUUGGCGCCUUAGUGGACCAGGGUGUAUUUGAGGAAUUGACACGUGAGUUUCUACCACAGCUGUCUGAGAAGAUGCAGGAACUGGGAGUGAUCUCCACCAUUUCUCUGUCGUGGUUCCUCACCUUGUUUCUUAGUGUCAUGCCAUUUGAGAGUGCAGUGGUGGUGGUUGACUGCUUUUUCUACGAAGGGAUCAAACUGAUUCUACAACUAUCACUGGCCGUGCUUGAGGCCAACAUGGAAAGCCUUUUGUACUCCAAUGAUGAAGGGGAAGCCAUGACUGUACUUGGGAGAUAUCUUGAUAAUGUGGUGAACAAGCAGAGCGUGUCACCUCCAAUCCCUCAUCUGCAUGCCCUUCUCACCAGUGGGGAUGAACCUCCGGUUGAGGUUGACAUAUUUGACAUCAUCAAAGCAUCAUAUGAGAAGUUUAGGAGCCUGAGAGCUGAUGACAUUGAACAGAUGCGGUUUAAGCAGAGGCUGAAAGUCAUACAAUCUUUAGAGGAUUCUGCAAAGAGAAGUGUGGUGAGGGCUAUUUCCACUGAUCUUGGCUUCUCCAUGGAAGAGCUUGAAGAUAUGUACGUUCUGUUCAAGGCUCAGCAUCUAAUGAGCUGUUAUUGGGGAGGGAACCGCACAUCCAGCAAUCGCCAUGACCCCAGCCUGCCUUAUCUGGAGCAGUACCGCAUAGACCUAGAUCAGUUUCUGGAGUUGUUCACCCAACUCACACCCUGGUCUUUUGGCCCACACACCUCCAUCUUGGCUACUCGUAUCUUCCGCUUGUUGGAUACUAACAAAGACUUGCUAAUAAACUUUAAAGAAUUUGUAACUGGACUUGGAGGAAUGUAUCAUGGUGAUAUGACAGAGAAGCUUAAAUUUCUUUACAAACUGCACCUGCCACCUGCCCUAGGUGCAGAAGAAACAGAAUCAGCCCUAGAAGCCACAAACUUCUUUACCGAGGAUGUGACUCCAGAAGUAUCUCCUUAUCUCUCCGAACUGGAUCUUAUUCUCCAGAGUGAGUUCCCAGACUCUGAUGGACAGGGCAAUGGAUCUGCAUCUGACAACGGUGACUCUCAAGAAAAAAAGGAGGAGAAAACAGCCAGUGCUCCUGACUAUAAGUACUAUCUGCGCAUGUGGGCCAGUGAGAAAGAGCAGAAGAAGGAAACUAUCAAAGACAUGCCUAAGAUGAACCAGGAGCAAUUUAUUGAGUUAUGCAAGACAUUCUACAAUAUGUUCAGUGAGGACCCAGUUGAGCAAGAACUAUACCAUGCUAUAGCCACGGUGGCCAGUCUUCUGCUGCGUAUUGGUGAGGUGGGAAAAAAGUUCUCCAAUCCUCCCCUUAGGAAUUCUGAAGGUGGGCAAACAAAUAUAACCAGAGAGCCCUCUAGUGAAGAAGAAGAAGAGCAGAGCUCAGGUCUGGAUAGUAGACAGCCGAGGACCUCAAAAGAAGAACAGUCCACGCUACCAAUUCCUGUUCCUGGCAACACUGGGUCAGCUAUCACCCAAGAUGAAAUCCAAAAACUGAAAAAAGAAGUAGGAAACACAGAGAGAAACAGCCCUCCUACGCAGCCCACCUCUGAUGAUGAAACCAAGGAUGAUACCUCAGUCUCCUCCUAUUCUAUGGUGAGCGCCAGCUCACUUCAGUGUGAGGAUAUUGCAGAUGACACAGUGUUAGUUGGGUGUGAGCCUGGCAGUGUAACACCCAAGUAUGGCAGUACCAUUGAUGCAGAAUGGUCAAUCUCUUUUGAACAGAUUCUGGCUUCCAUGCUGACUGAGCAAGCAUUAGUCAGUUAUUUUGAGAAGAAAGUGGACAUUGCACAGAAGAUCAAGCAGAAGAAAGUUGAAAGGCAAAUCAGCUCUUCAAGUGAACAUGAGCUUUCUUCUGUCUCUGGCUAACAGAUGCUAUCCUAAAUUAUUUAGAUGGUUGAGCUUGAGUGAAUUCUCCAUUGAAACAGACAAGACAACUUCUCGUGAACUUGGUCCCUUCUAAGCUGCUCUUCUUGUCUCUGUAUUUUAUGCACCUCCCUUCAGUAGCAAAUGCCACCUUCCGGAAAUCCUUGCUUGAUGUAAUAAUCUUCCGCCUCAAGAAAAAAAACAACAAAAAAACAUGACUUUGUAGGUUUUUAUUUGCAGCUUUAAAACCCUGCAUGCUUUCUUCUUCACUCUUUGGAUAAUCAGUUUUAUAGUCUACUCUGUUUCCAGUAACAUAUCACUGCACCCCAUGCCGUUCCUGGCUAGUUUCACCUGUAUUGAGAAGAUCGCUCCAUCUCCUGGCCCGUGUGUGCCUGUGAAGGUGGAGUAAGAGAUGCCUUUGUUCCUCAUAGCUCUAUACACCUGUCUGUGUGGUGCCUAAGUAAUGUAAAGUAGACUUAUGUUUCAGCUACUGUGGUAGAGCCAACACAUACCGUGUCAUAGGCUUGUAGCUAAUGUGCAAUAUAUUGGUAUACUGAAUAGUAUCCCAAUUUCUUUUUAUUUUACUUUCAAUUAUAUUUACUACAAAUCAGAUCUAUAUAUGUUUAUUUUCCAGUGUUUUUUACCUAUACAUCCAACUUUUAUUUCAUGAUUGGUGUAUAUAAAUUUAUGACUCUCCAUUGGUAAUGUUGGUAUUUUUAUCUCUCCUUGGCUCAGUAACUUAUGCACACUAGAUAUAGCCAUACUGUUGGCAAAAUGCACUAUGCUGCUCUUUAGUCCAUGUGGUUUUUGACACAUUUCAGUUCGCUAUGCCAACUUUUUUUUUUCUUUUUCAUUUUUUACAUCAUGUCAGUGAUAUUUUCAUUACAUUCCAACCUUAGGAGGCUACAUAUUGUAAUACAUUGUAGUACCAUCAUUUUAUCUCCUAUCAUGUUUCAUGAAGAGAUUUGGACACAGCACUUUGAUGGUCAACCUGCUUAUCCACUCAGAUGGCCUCAUGCACAGGACCGUGUCUGUAUUGUGGUUUGAAAACCAAGAAUCUGCAAAAUACAGACACUUUUUGUGUACAGUCUGCAUUUUUUCACGUCCAUGACUAGAAAUAACUAUUCUUCUCUGCAAGAACAGGACAUGAUCUGUACUUUGCAGAAUGGACGUACGGAUGUGGACAGCACACGGAUGACAUUUUUGUGCACCGAUAGAAAUGAAUCUGUCCAUGAGCAAUCUGGACACAGAUACAAAAUAAUACAGUCGUGUGCAUGAGGCCUAAUUUGUAGGUCAACAAAACGCUGUACAAACCUGUGCACCUUAGUACCCCCAAAAAAAAGCUUUAAAAACUGCAUAUCUCACUACACUUCUGAUAGAAAAACAAAGUGGUAAACUUGGAAGAAAACCAGCAAGCACAUCCACCCUUGUUUAAUUUUUUAGGUUUCCCCAAUAUGGAAUCAGUCAAAGCAUUAAGAACUUCAAAGAGACUCAUCCCUUGGUGUUAUAUUUACAGUACUUCUAAUUCUCAGUUUCUUAUGUCAUGCUUCACCUCCAAGAUCCUGCUCUAGUCAUACCAUCAGAUUUGCCUGGAGUAUUGCUUUAACCUGUCUUCUGAAAUGUUAGAAGAUCCAGGUAAUCUUGGAAAGAUGAACAGCCCAUAAAGUGUACAAACCCCUUUUGCCACUCGUCAGAGGCCUCCACUGAAAAAUAUAACCUCAAAGCCUGAUAUAUUGGAGCUUUGUUUUCCUUCAUUUUGGGAAUUACUAAGGGUCUUUUUUCUGGUAUCAACCAAUAGCAGCAUUUUUAUCUCAGUGAUUCAGUAGUCCAAUUUACAAUUGUGUAAUUGGCAGUACAAAAAUGCUUUUCAAAAAUACUCCUAUCUCCUACUGAAAAUCUAUGUUACCUUGUAAGGUAGCCAAGGGUCAGACCUUCAUUAUACUUAUGGAAAAAUACUUAGGAUUAUGGUUAUACAAAGAAAGAGAGGUUAAAGUCGUUCCAGAUUAGAAGAACAGGAUAUGCUGUUUUGUUACCCUCAGCAGCAGCAUCACCCUGGUCCUUUGCCUGUGUCUGGUAUUGGAGUUUUGCCCCAUUCACAUUAAUAGGCCCAAAACCAGCAACCUGGUCCCUGCAUCAUUCAUACAGGCCACAGCAUGAUGUCUGCAUCUUUAUACUGACCGUCUGAAUAUUUGAUGUAUCAUGGCGUACAUCCAGUCAUUUACUUACAGUAAUUAUUGGUACAGUGAGGAACAGAAGUAUUUGAACACCCUGCAAUUUAGCAAGUUCUCCCACUUAGAAAUCAUGGAGGGGGCUGAAAUUCCCAUUGUAGGUGCACUCCCACUCUUAGAGACAGAAUAAAAAUAAAAAAAAAU